UUUUUUCAGCUGACUGUUCCACCAAUCAACACUAAAGCUUUAUCUUUCCUCUCAGCUGUAGCAGGAGAAGCUUUAACAAAACACCUGAAUAAAGUUUUACCUGCUUUACUUUCAGCACUGAGUGAUGCUCUGGACACUCCUGAAGAACAGCAGGAACUGGAGUAUUGCCAAGCUGUAGUCCUUUCGGUCCAAGAUGAUCUUGGAGUUCGAACUAUCAUUGACUACCUUUUAGAGGCAGCUAGAAAUGGAUCUACGUCCCACCGCCGAGCAGCGGUGGCUCUUCUUUCCAUAUUCUGUUCCAACUCUAAAGCUAACUAUUCCACCCAUGUCAGUCAACUGCUGCGUGGUUUAAUACACCUCUUUACAGACAACAAUCCUCACGUACUGAAUCUCAGCUGUGAAGCAUUAAACUCUGUCACUAAAACACUGGACACUGCAGGUCAACUGCAACAUGUUGCUGAUGUUCGACAAGCUGUGAGGUUUGCUGCGAGUGACCUAAAAGGUCAAGAUCUUCUUCCUGGAUUUUGUUUGCCUAAGGGCAUCUCUCCAAUUCUUCCAAUCUUCCGAGAAGCCAUUCUGAAUGGUCAGCCAGAAAUGAAGGAACAAGCUGCCCAAGGUCUUGGUGAGGUCAUUAAAUUGACUAGCCCCGAUGGAUUGAAGGCAUCUGUUAUUCAAAUCACGGGCCCUCUGAUACGUAUAUUAGGAGAUAGGUUUGCCUGGAGUGUUAAAGUAGCUGUCCUUGAAACCUUGGCUCUGUUAUUAGAAAAGGUGGGAAUUAUGUUGAAACCCUUCCUACCACAGCUACAGACAACUUUCCUCAAAGCUCUCGGAGAUGGGAAUCGUCAAGUACGUUUAAGGGCAGCAUCUGCUCUAAGGCACCUGAUCGCGAUUCACACUCGUUGCGAUCCCUUGUUCACGGAGUUACAUAACUCGGUAAAAAACGCGGACGACACUCUCCGUGAGACGAUGCUCCAUGCCCUGAGGUGUGUGGUCAUUUCAGCAGGAGAUAAAAUGUCAAAUACUAUUCGUCAAGGGGUAACAAACACAGUUGUGGGAAUGUUGGGUCAUCACCAUGAAGUCUGUAGGGUCACAGCUUCUGGGUGUUUGGGAGCCCUUUGUAAGUGGUUACCAGAAGAUGAGCUGACCACAGUUGUUCGAGAACAUCUCUUGGAUGACGAUACGUCACAAGACUGGAUGUUGCGUCAUGGUCGAUCAAUCUCAUUAAUGGUUGCUCUCAAAGAAGCACCAGAAAAGUUUACAGAUUUGGAUUGGACUGAGAGAGUUACUAAAACGCUGAUCUCGUACUUAACAGCCGACAGAUUACAGAUAGCAGACAGUGGGGUACGAGCAACAGGAUACUUCCUGCGUCACCUUCUUGCUACCAACAGUUCCAUACCUCAGCUUCUACUCGUUACUUUUUCCAAGUGCAUGAAUCAUAGCAUCAAUGAAGUGAAGCAAGUUGUAGCGCUAACAUCCACAUACCUGGCAAAGACGCGUGAUCAGUUACUACCACCCCAAGUGUUAAAAGUACUCGUGCCACUCCUCGUAAAUGGAACCAAAGAGAAGAAUUCCAUAGUAAAAGCAAACAGUGAAUAUGCUCUUGUGGCAAUUCUGAAACUGAGGUUUGGGGAAGAGGCACAACAAGAAUGUGUGAGACUCUUAGACCCUGGUGCAAGAGAUGCUCUUGUAGAUGUAAUCCACAAAGUUCUACGGAAGGUAUCUAGCCAGCCUGAAUCAAAGGAAGAAAAUCUAGACACCACUUUGUUACUGUGAAACCAUUUGUAAAGAAUAUGUAAUUAGGGUCGCAAUUUUUGUCGUCUCAAAUGUUUCUGUCGAUUUGUUCGAGUUAAACCUUUCCUUUAUACGAGACCUGAUUGUACACACGUUAUGAUCAAUAAAAUUUCAAGAGUGAACUUAUUA